GGAGCAUUAAUAGAAUUCAAGUAUGAAAACCUGUUAACAUUCUGUUUCUAUUGCGGGAAAAUUGGACAUAAUGAAAGGCAAUGUGAAUCGAAGAGAGAGGAUCUUCAUAGGAAUGUGCUUAGGACAUGGCAAUUUGGGGAAUGGCUUAGGGGUUCAUAUGGGGGAACAUCUGAUCCUAAAGAGAGAAAUUCAUCCACCCCCCCACCUGCCAAAAUAACCUCUGAUCCUAGUAUAGCUAAAACCGCAGAAAUUGUAGGAUCUAACCCGAGUGAAAAAAGAGAGAUCUUAGCCAGCUCUUCUUCUUUGCCUAUCACCCCUAUAGUUAAUGAGAGUAAGGAUAAAGGGAAAAAGCCUGUAGUCUGUUCUGAGGGUUCUGGGAAAGAAAGCCCUCAUCAAGUGAAGGUUGUUGAUGAUUCUAGACCUGAUAAUGCAGUUCUUGUUUCUGAUAAAAUGGAUCUGGACAGUGCUAAGCUUCCAGUCUUAGAUAGUGGUAAUUUCAUAAACAUCCCAAUUCAGCAAGAUAAGUCUCCUCCUUCUUGUGCUAAAAAACCUAAAACCUUCACUAGACUGGCUAGAAAUAAACCGGUUUCUAAAGAAGCUCAAACUUCAGAACCAGUGAUCUCUCCCAUGAUUUUGAAAAGAAAACUCCCUGUAUCUUUGACUGAUAGUCUUAUCCAAUCUGAAUCCCUUCCUAAAAAAGCAGAUGCUGUAGCUGAAGUGACUGAUUACUUCCAACAACUUUUCACCUCUGAAAAC